AUGAUCUAUGAGGACCAAGUCUUUCUUACCGAUUCAAUUCAUGUCGUCGAGUGCACCAGCAUUUUGAGCAAUAGAAUGAUUUCUGUGCUCGGCGCUAAUAUACUUACUUGCACGGCCACUGACGUUGCUGGAAUAGUACCGUUCCCACCGCCGACCAAAUCCUCGUCCCAGAGACACUUCUUAAAAAGCGCAAGGCUCAGCAGAAGACUGCCGAGGAGCGUGUUGCGGCUGCUGAGACAAGAAAGAAGGUAAUUUCACACUCUUUCUUUCUUUCUUUGCGCAAGUAUAAGAGGAGGGGGCUAUUCGGUGAUGAUAUCCACAAUAUGCGCGACUAGCUACGGCAAUGCUGUUGCUUCGUUAACCAUCUUUCGGGGCUGAGAAUUCCUCUUGUUUCCCUCCAUGCAUUCACACGGUUUCCAAUUGAACAUGUGCUGAUUAUCCAACAUCAUAGGACAAUAAGGCCAAACGCGAAGUUAUUUUCAAGCGUGCCGAGAAGUAUGUGAAAGAGUACCGUGAGGCCGAGCGCGAGAAGAUCCGUCUUGCCCGCGAUGCCAAGAAGGAGGGCAGCUUCUAUGUCCCUGCUCAGCCGAAGCUAGUCUUUGUUGUCCGUAUCAAGGGGUUUGUAUUUGAUCCCAAGCCGUUAGAACAUCAAGCUUAUUGUCGAGAGUAGUAUCAACAAGAUUGCCCCCAAGCCUCGCAAGAUUCUUCAACUCCUUCGUCUCCUCCAGAUCAACAACGGUGUCUUCGUCCGACUUACCAAGGCCACGGCUGAGAUGCUUCGUGUCGUUGAGCCAUGGAUUGCCUACGGUGAACCUAAUCUUAAGUCUGUCCGUGAGUUGAUCUACAAGCGUGGCUACGGAAAGAUUGACCGCCAGAGAAUUCCCUUGGUAUAUUCCCUCUCGCCAUCCGCUACCCCCCAGUAUCAAACUAACACAAUAUCCCAGACCGACAACAAGCUCAUUGAGGAGAACUUGGGCAAGUAUGGCAUCAUUUCCAUCGAGGAUCUUAUUCACGAGAUCUACACUGUCGGCCCCAACUUCAAGCAAGCCUCCAACUUUCUCUGGCCCUUCAAGCUCUCUUCCCCCAACGGUGGUUUCCGCACUCGAAAAUUUAAGCACUUUGUCGAGGGUGGUGACUUGGGUGACCGCGAGCAGUUCAUUAACCAGCUCAUCCGUAAGAUGAACUAG